GGAUUCAUAAGCGGGUUGCAUGGCGUGGUCAUCAUGGAGUGGCGGUUGCAAAGAGUGCGACGGACAGAAUCGCCAAAGAGUCGAAUUUAACUGCUCAAGAACUCAGGAAUCACGGCCCUGCAAAUGUCCUCCUAAAAUGAAUUCUCCGCGAGAGAGGUCUGACAAAUUGAAUCGAACUAUUCAAGUGAAAUGCCAUGUGAAGGGUUUUCCUACACCAGAGGUGAAUUGGACAAAAGAUGGAAAGUUACUUGAUACCAACAACAUGCUCACGCUUAAUCGAGUGAGUUAUGAAGACGCUGGUCAAUACAAAUGCAGCGCUAAGAACAGUGAAGGGAAAGGAGACGCAGCUUUUCAGAUUACAGUUACAGGUCCUCCUGAAAUUAAUCCUCAGCUCAAGAAUCAGUCGGUUACCUAUAACUUACCGCUUCAGUUGAACUG